AUGGUGGAUAGCCAAUUCUAUGAUAUCUCGCAAUCCCCAUCAGUCGACCCAUGGGUCGUCGCCCCCACUCCGGGUUAUUAUGGAGAUUUACACGUAUAUUCCCCUAGUCCUUCCCCGCAUCCUCUCUCGCAGGUACAGCAACCUCUCGGGUUUCUCCAGUCAGGUGAAAGGGAGGAGGGAGCCGAGCAUGUUUGCUAUACGAUUGCAUGGAAGCUCCAUGUCAAUGAUAAGAAAGCAGGCAGCCGCACUGCAAAGGAUCUGACUGUAGCUCCCAGUCAAUACUGGGAGGAAAAACUCAAAGCCGCCCUUGAGGAAAUGUUACAAACCAAGAGCAAGACGGACCACCGCUUUCGAUUUGAAGGGGCAGACAUUGUCGUAUCGGUGAAUGAUCGAACGCAGACUAACUUUGAGGAUUUUGCCAGUUCCACUAACAUUGAUUGGCUGCCAGUUGAGGCCCAACUGUGUAAAUGGGGCCACUUGCCCCGUAUUGGGAAAACACUUACGGUUAAUCUCGUCUUUAAAUAUAGACGGGAACGUGAUGUUAAACGUGUGACCAAAUCUAAAAAGGGCGAGAAAAGAAACCGUGUGUCAACAACGAACAUAAUGCUUGCGGAAUGUGAUGAAGAUAUUACUGCAGAAGAAGAGAGAACUGGACGACCUUCGACCUGGAACCGUGUGUACGGGCUUAUGAAAUGUAACACCACGUCAUGUCAGUUGAAUUCUGAUUGGUGCUGGGAGAACCCCAAAGACGGAAAAUAUUAUAAACUCAGGCAACCGCAUCUGGAGCAACUCUGUGAUUACGUCGAUGAUGAGAACAGACUAGAGAGUCACAGCGAUGUUCCUGAAUCUCUCCGUCGGUCCCUGAUUCUAGAAAGCCAGAGGAAAUCUAAAAAGGCCACCAUGCCGACAAGCGAGAUGCCCUAUCAGCAUCCAGUGAACAUCAAUCUCGUGCCAGCACAAGCGACGCAUUCUAUGGACGCUUCCCUGCCACCUACCCCUUCAUUUUCCUUUCCAGAAAUUCCUGGAGAUCGAGUGACGGCAGUGGAGAAAUUCUUUGAAUGGCUGGAAUCACAGUACACCAAUGAGUCGUACAAAGCUGAUUUUCGGAGGGCUCGAGAUGUGAUCCUAGAAACUCGUAUGGAUCUUGAACUAAUCCUCAAGGAUCCAAAACCCGAUAGAUUUACGAAUAAAGGGAUACCUGAAGGAACUGCGCUUCGGGUGAUUUGUGAAAUCCCCAAAUGGGCUGAAUAUCUGAAACGAAUCUCGCCCUCUAGGGGGAUUUCGAAUGAUAUUGACCAAUGA